AUGACAACAGUUUCAACCAAUCAGAUCGCGAAUAAAAAGGCUACAACAUGGCUUCCAUCACUUUUUUAUAAGGGGAAAUUGAAGGAAGUUAUUGUUGAUGCUACUCGUGAAAAUGGAUAUGAUCUUACGAUUGAAGAGCUAGAUGUUUUUGUUGGGAUAUUAAUUACAUCUAUGUUCAAUGGCAGAAAAUCCCAAAAGGAUUAUUGGUCCAGACUGUCACUUUUACGUUGUGAACCUAUAGCUGCUGCUAUGUCAAGAAAUAAAUAUUCCACUAUCAAAGAAAAAAUUAAAAUGUCUAAAGAUAGCGAUGCUCUAUCCGUUGAUGAGAUGAUGAUUAAGUUCUAUGGUCGAACGGUCUUGAAGCAGUACAUACAAAAUAAACCUGAUCGUUUUAGGAUAAAAAUGUGGGCUUUAUGUACGGUCAAUGGGUUUCUCUUAGACUGCGAUAUUUAUUGCGGAAAAGGGACGAAUAUUUAUGCUUCAGAGACGAACCCAAAACUUAGUAAAUGCGCUUUAGGUAGCCGAGUAGUUCUUCAAAUGGUUCAAAACUUACUUCUGACAGUCACUCCAAGAAAAUUGUAUCAAUAUCAUCUUACAUUUGAUAAUUUCUUUACUGGUCCAGAUUUAUUGGUACAUUUAAAAAAUAUAGGAUUACGAGCUACAGGAAUUGGUUUGAAUUAUAUAACCGUUAUGGACUCGAAGCCCGUUUCGGUUCUUUCAACUUGUGCUAGUGUAAGGCCUUUCGGAACGGUGAGAAGAUAUUCUAAAGAACAAAAAAAGAAAGAAACCUUAGAAUUUCCAAGAGCUUUCACAUUCUACAAUCAAUAUAUGGGCGGUGUUGAUCUUCACGACUCGUAUUGUAGUAAUUUGAGAAGUCCUAUACGAUCUAAAAAAUGGACGUGGGUUAUUUUUAUGAGACUCAUUCAAUCUUCGAUAACGAAUGCUACUGUUCUGAAGAAUUUGGUAACUCAUGACAAAAAAAUAGGAACGAAAGACACAGCACUGGCUGUUGCUGAAAGCUACUUAGCAAAAUCAAGUUACAAUUUGGAAAGACAUAGAUAUGAAACAGCCCCGGGAAAAAAAUACUGUACCAAUAGUAAAAGUUGUGCAAAACAUAAGAAGCGAUUAGUCAUUCGAAAACUAUGGUGA